CGAGGCUGAGGGAGCGCCCGAGUCGCGAGCUCGCGCGACGCGGCGUGGCGUGGCGUGGCGCGGCGGGAGCGACGCUCGCAGCGCGGAGGACGCAGGCGGCGGGCGGGCCUCGAGGGCGCAGCGCGGCCCGCGUGAGGGACCCGAGGCGGCCCCGGGCCCCUGCGGCACGGCACGGCACGACACGGCACGGCGACGGCCGCGAGCCCCCCUCGCCGGCCGCCCGCCCGCCCCUCCCUCCCUCGCUCGCUCGCUCGCUCGCUCCCGGGCGCAACAUGGCUGCGGCCGUCGCCUCCGCCUCCCAGGACGAGCUGAAUCAGCUCGAACGGGUCUUUUUACGACUUGGCCAUGCUGAAACAGAUGAACAGUUACAAAAUAUUAUAUCUAAAUUCCUUCCUCCUGUUUUGCUCAAGCUGUCCAGUACCCAAGAAGGAGUACGGAAAAAGGUAAUGGAACUGUUGGUCCAUCUGAACAAACGUAUAAAAAGCCGACCCAAAAUACAACUCCCAGUAGAGACACUAUUGGUUCAGUACCAGGACCCUGCAGCAGUUUCCUUUGUCACAAAUUUCACUAUAAUUUAUGUUAAGAUGGGCUAUCCUCGCCUGCCAGUGGAAAAACAAUGUGAAUUGGCCCCUACACUUCUUACUGCCAUGGAAGGGAAGCCUCAGCCACAGCAGGAUAGCUUAAUGCAUCUUUUAAUACCAACCCUUUUUCACAUGAAAUAUCCAGCUGAGUCAUCAAAAUCAGCUUCUCCUUUUAAUCUUGCUGAGAAACCAAAGACUGUGCAGCUGCUUUUGGACUUUAUGCUAGAUGUCCUUCUGAUGCCUUAUGGAUAUGUGUUAAAUGAAUCCCAGAGUCGCCAAAAUUCAUCUUCAACACAGGGUUCGUCUUCAAAUAGUGGGGGAGGUUCUGGAAUCCCACAGCCUCCCCCAGGAAUGAGCUUUUAUGCAGCUAAGCGAGUUAUUGGUGAUAACCCAUGGACACCUGAACAGUUGGAACAGUGCAAAUUGGGCAUAGUGAAAUUUAUAGAAGCUGAACAGGUGCCUGAACUUGAAGCCGUUCUCCACCUGGUGAUUGCUUCUAGCGAUACACGCCAUAGUGUGGCAACAGCAGCAGACCUGGAAUUGAAAAGCAAGCAGAGUUUAAUUGACUGGAAUAAUCCUGCCAUCAUUAAUAAGAUGUACAAGGUAUACCUCGGGGAUAUACCACUGAAGACAAAAGAGGGAGCAGUUCUAAAGCCAGAGCUGAAAAGAGACCCGGUCAGUACCAGAGUGAAGUUAAAGAUUGUCCCUCAUCUCCUUCGUUCUAGACAAGCUGCUGAGACAUUUCCAGCUAACAUUCAGGUGGUGUAUGAUGGACUUUUGGGUACAAAUACAAAUUCAAAGUUAAGAACAUUGUCUCUGCAAUUUGUACAUCACAUUUGUAUAACCUGCCCAGAAAUCAAGAUUAAGCCACUAGGUCCUAUGCUUUUGAAUGGUCUUACUAAGCUAAUAAACGAAUAUAAAGAGGACCCUAAACUGUUGUCAAUGGCAUAUUCAGCUGUUGGAAAACUCUCCAGUCGAAUGCCCCAUUUAUUCACUAAGGAUAUAGCUCUCGUGCAACAGCUUUUUGAAGCUCUGUGUAAGGAAGAGCCUGAGACUCGACUUGCCAUUCAGGAAGCAUUAUCUAUGAUGGUUGGAGCAUAUAGUACCUUGGAAGGAGCACAGAGAACUUUAAUGGAGGCACUCGUGGCUUCAUAUUUAAUAAAGCCUGAAGUUCAAGUUCGGCAAGUUGCGGUGAAAUUUGCCAGCACAGUGUUUCCCUCAGACCAUAUACCUUCCAGAUAUUUGCUCCUGCUAGCUGCUGGAGACCCACGAGAAGAAGUCCAUGGGGAAGCACAACGUGUACUACGAUGUCUUCCUGGUAGAAACAAAAAGGAAAAUGUUGUUAAGCAGAUGCCAUCUUUUCCAGAAAUGGUAUAUUACAUUCAAGAGAAGGCUUCCCAUCGAAUGAAAACUCCAGUCAAAUACAUGACCGGAACCACUGUCCUUCCAUUUAACCCAGCUGCAUUUGGAGAGAUAAUUCUGUACUUGCGAAUGUGCCUGGCUCAUAGUGCAGGGGUGGUGCCCACUUCUCAGAGUUUGGCUGAUAUGCAAGAUCAUGCUCCAGCCAUUGGACGGUACAUACGGACAUUAAUGUCAAGUAGCCAGGCAACAGCUUCAUCUUCUAAUAAGAGUGGAGAAACCAAUCCUGUUCAGAUCUACAUAGGCCUGCUUCAACAGCUGUUAGCAGGCGUUGGAGGUUUGCCAGUCAUGUACUGUCUAUUGGAAGCUGUGUCAGUGUAUCCAGAAAAAUUGGCUACCAAAUUUGUAGACAAAACAGAAUGGAUCAAGGGUCUGAUGAGUAGCAGCAAAGAAGAAAUGCGUGAAUUGGCAGCUUUGUUCUAUUCUGUGGUUGUGUCAACAGUGUCCGGUAGUGAAUUAAAGUCAAUGAUAGAACAACUUAUAAAGGCGACAAAAGACAAUCAUAGCCCUGAGGUACAGCAUGGAUCCUUGCUUGCAUUGGGAUUCACUGUGGGAAGAUACUUGGCUAAGAAGAGAAUGAGAAUGGCAGAGCAGCAUGACCUGGAGACAGAUGCUGAUCUCUUGCCUGAGCAAGAAGAUCUCAUUCAGAAUGCAACAGAGAUAAUAGGUUCAUUUUUAGACAGUACAUCACCUCUGUUGGCAAUUGCUGCCUGUACAGCCCUUGGUGAAAUUGGCAGAAAUGGUCCUCUCCCCAUCCCCAGUGAAGGAUCUGGAUUUACCAAACUGCAUCUGGUAGAAAGCUUACUGAAUAGAAUCCCUUCCACUAAAGAAACUAAUAAGAUGAAAGAACGAGCAAUCCAAACAUUGGGCUAUUUUCCAGUUGGGGAUGGGGGUUUUCCCCACCAGAAACUCCUUUUGCGAGGCCUGAUGGAUUCUGUGGAGGCUAAGCAGAUCGAACUUCAAUUCACCAUUGGUGAAGCCAUCACCAGUGCUGCAAUAGGAACUAACUCUGUGGCUGCCCGAGAUGCCUGGGUGGUGACUGAAGAAGAAUAUACACCUCUUGCUGGUGCCAAAAUGAAUGAUGUUGUUCCCUGGGUUUUAGAAGUUAUUUUAAGUAAGCAUAUUAUCAGUCCCAACCCACAUGUGAGGCAAGCAGCCUGCAUCUGGCUCCUUUCUCUUGUGAGGAAGCUAAGUACCCAUAUAGAAGUGAAGUCUCAUCUUAAGGAAAUUCAGAGUGCAUUUGUUUCGGUUCUGUCAGAAAAUGAUGAACUCAGUCAAGAUGUUGCCUCAAAAGGGCUUGGGUUGGUUUAUGAACUGGGCAGUGAACAAGAUCAACAAGAAUUGGUGUCUACACUUGUAGAAACACUUAUGACUGGCAAAAGAGCUAAACAUGAAGUUUCUGGAGAGACAGUGGUAUUUCAAGGGGGAGGCCUUGGCAAAACACCUGAUGGCCAGGGUCUUUCUACUUACAAAGAGCUUUGUUCUCUGGCAAGUGAUCUUAGUCAGCCAGAUCUGGUAUAUAAAUUUAUGAAUCUGGCAAAUCACCAUGCAAUGUGGAACUCCAGGAAGGGUGCUGCUUUUGGUUUUAAUGUAAUUGCUACUAGAGCUGGAGAACAACUGGCUCCUUUUCUGCCUCAACUAGUUCCUCGACUUUAUCGUUACCAGUUUGAUCCCAAUCUUGGAAUUCGACAGGCUAUGACAAGUAUUUGGAAUGCAUUGGUUACUGACAAGUCAAUGGUGGAUAAAUAUUUGAAGGAAAUUCUUCAAGAUGUGAUUAAAAACCUUACCAGCAACAUGUGGCGAGUUCGAGAAUCCAGCUGUUUAGCUUUGAAUGAUUUAUUGAGAGGAAGACCUUUAGAUGACGUCAUUGACAAACUUCCAGAAAUGUGGGAAACACUUUUUAGAGUACAAGAUGAUAUUAAGGAAUCUGUACGGAAAACAGCAGAACUAGUUCUGAAAACUCUGAGUAAGGUUUGUGUGAAAAUGUGUGACCCUGCCAAAGGAGCAGCUGGCCAGAGAACCAUUGCUGUCCUCCUGCCCUGCCUUCUGGACAAAGGAAUGAUGAGUCCUGUGACGGAAGUUCGAGCCCUCAGCAUUAACACCCUUGUGAAGAUCAGCAAAAGUGCAGGAGUCAUGUUGAAGCCACAUGCCCCCAAACUCAUCCCAGCACUGCUAGAGUCCUUAAGUGUAUUGGAGCCUCAAGUUCUCAAUUAUUUGAGUCUCCCUACAGAACAAGAAAAGGCUGCAAUGGAUAGUGCUCGACUCAGUGCUGCCAAGUCCUCUCCCAUGAUGGAGACAAUCAACAUGUGCCUGCAAUAUCUUGAUGUGUCGGUGCUGGGAGAGCUAGUUCCUAGGUUAUGUGAACUGAUCAGAAGUGGUGUAGGUCUUGGAACUAAGGGAGGUUGUGCCAGUGUCAUCGUUUCCUUAACUACUCAGUGUCCCCAGACUUAACACCUUACCAGGUGAGCUUGUAAACUUAUGAGUGCUUUGCUUAGUGGCCUAACAGAUCGGAACAGUGUAAUUGAGAACUCGGCAUUUGCCAUGGGCCAUUUAGUUCGGACGCCACGGGAUAGCAGCACUGAAAAACUGCUACAGAAGCUCAAUGGCUGGUACAUGGAGAAAGAAGAACCUAUCUACAAGACCUCUUGUGCUUUGACUAUUCAUGCAAUUGGAAUAAGCCCUGAUGUAUUGAAGAACCAUGCCAAAGAAAUUCUGCCCUUGGCCUUCCUAGGCAUGCAUGAAAUUGCUGAUGAGGAGAAAUCUGAAAAAGAAGAAUGUAAUUUGUGGACUGAAGUGUGGCAGGAAAAUGUACCUGGCUCUUUUGGAGGCCUUCGACUAUAUAUGCAGGAGUUGGUUGCUAUUACCCAGAAGGCCUUACAAUCGCAGUCUUGGAAAAUGAAAGUUCAGGGUGCAAUUGCUAUGGCAUCAAUUGCAAAACAAACAAGCUCAGUACCUCCAUAUUUGGGAAUGAUACUGAGUGCUUUGGUGCAAGGCCUGGCUGGAAGAACAUGGGCAGGAAAGGAAGAACUACUAAAAGCCAUUGCCUGUGUGGUGACAGCUUGUAGCUUAAAGCUAAGAAGUUCUGUGCCCAACCAACCCACCACAAAUGAAAUUCUUCAGGCUGUCUUGAGUGAGUGUUGCAAAGAGAAUCUCAAAUAUAAGAUUGUAGCAAUUGGCUGUGCAGCUGAUGUUUUGAAAGCCACCAAGGAAGACAGAUCUAGGAGUUUUCUGAUAUUGUCACACCCCCAUCAAGAAGGUAAUGAACUCACUUGAAAGCAUGGAGUUCGGAGCACCAAAGGUGAAGAUGAAAAUGAUAAGGAAAGAGAGCUGCAGUUGGAGUCUCUGCUGGGUGCCUUUGAGAGCUUGGGCAAAGCCUGGCCCAGGAACCCAGAAACCCAACGCUGUUAUCGUGAGCUGUGCAAACUGAUGUGUGAACGACUAAGACUCAGCACAUGGAAAGUGCAGCUAGGUGUCCUCCAGUCGAUGAACGCCUUUUUCCAGGGGUUAAUGCUUUUGGAGGAAGAACAUGCAGAUUCUGAAGCUCUGUUAAUUCUUCUUGAAACUUGUAAAUCAAUUACUUACUCUUUAGAAAAUAAGACCUACUCAUCUGUGAGAACAGAAGCUUUAUCUGUGGUAGAAUUGCUGCUUAAAAACUUGAAG